AUGGGCUCCAAUCAGCAGAGCAGUGCUGGCCUCGGCCAGGAAUUCACCCAAAAUGUCAUCGACUCCAUGGGUGCUAAUACCAACCCUCGCCUCCGAGAGGUCAUGUCCGCUCUCAUCAAGCAUGUUCACGAUUUUGCAAGGGAGGUGCAACUCACUACGGAUGAGUGGAUGGCAGGCGUGCAGAUGAUUAAUGAGUGCGGCAAGAUGAGCAAUGACAAGAGAAAUGAGGGACAGUUGCUUUGCGAUGUCAUCGGCUUGGAAUCGCUUGUGGACGACAUUACUUUCAGUGCUGCCACCAAGAGCACAAACGGACUCACUGCCUCUGCUAUUCUUGGACCAUUCUGGAGACAAGAUACUCCCCACAGAGAGAAUGGCACCACCAUCACCUUCGACACACCUUCAGAUGGACAGGUUGUCUAUAUGCACGGCAAGGUGACUGAUGUUGAGACCGGAAAGCCCCUUCAAAAUGCUACAGUCGACGUCUGGCAAGCAUCUACCAACGGUCUCUAUGAGCAACAAGAUCCCAAUCAAAAGGAACAUAACCUGCGUGGCGUCUUCCACACUGAUGCCGAGGGCAAUUACUCCUUCUACUGCCUGCGACCGACUCCCUACCCUGUCCCCCAGGACGGUCCUGCAGGUAAACUGUUGGAGAUGAUGGAUCGUCAUGUUUUCCGUCCUGCUCACAUUCACCUCAUGGUUCAACACGAGGGACACAAGUCCCUGACUACUCAGAUUUUCGACAAGGACUGCAAGUACCUGGGCAAUGACUCGGUGUUUGCCGUCAAGGACGAGCUCAGUGUGGAGUUUGUGCCGAGAAAGGGUGAUCCCCAGGCUCCUCUGGAGUUGGAGUACAAUGUCACGCUUGCUAAGAGUUCUUAA